UCUCAGCGUCAGCAGCCUCCUAUCCUGGAGACACGCUCACCGCCACUGAGAGAGUGGGGAAACAGUUUGAGACCUAGCAUCAUUUAAACCUCCACAGGCAGAAAAGCCAGAAGAGAAAAAUGAAGGCAGGACAUUUUGAAGUGGUCACCAUGCUGCUGGCACCUAUGAUUCUAAUGGACAUCUUCCAGGUACAAGCUGAACUGUUAGAUAUGGCAGAUAAUGCAUUUGAUGACGAAUACCUGAAAUGCACUGACAGGAUGGAAAUCAAAUAUGUCCCCCAAUUGCUCAAGGAGGAAAAAGCAAGCCUCCAGCUCUUGGAAGAUGUGUGGGAAAAUGCAGAAGCCAAGUGGGAAGCUCGGAAGACUCAGCUCUUUCUCCCUGUGGGUUUUAAGGAUAACCAUGGAAUAGCCCUGAUGGCAUAUAUUUCUGAAGCUCAAGAGCAAACUUCCUUUUACCGUCUGUUCAGUGAAGCUGGGAAAAUGGCUGGCCAGUCUCGAAAAGAUUAUGUCUAUGGCUUCCAGUUCAAAGCUUUUCAUUUUUACCUGUCAAAAGCUCUGCAGUUGCUGAGAAGAUCUUGUGAGAACAGUUACAAAAAUGUGGUGUAUAGCGUAAGGCAGACUACUUUAUUUACAUUUGGAGGACUAAACCAAGUCCGACUUGGCCAUUUCACCUUGGCAUAUUCAACCAAACCUCAAGUUGCUAAUGACCAAGACGUUCUGUUAACCAUCAACACAUGCUUUGGAAUUGCCGUUGAAAAAUUUUUUGAUAAAGAAAGUGAAAGAAUUAUUUUAAUACCUCUGAAUGAGGUUUUUCAUGUGUCACAGGGUGGGGCUGGCAAUAACCUUAUCCUUCAAAGCACAAACAAGACCUGCAGCCAUUAUGAGUGUGCAUUUCUAGGUGGACUAAAAACUGCAAAUUGUGUUGAGAACAUGGAAUAUUUUCAACCCUUCCAUGUCUACAACUCUGGAAUGAAAAGCCAGGAGUCCACAGUCUUACCUGGUAUGAAGAGCCAAGAAGCCACCCAAAUACCUGGAAUGAAAACUCCAGAACCUUUUUCACUACCUGAAGACAAAAGUCAAGAUAUCGACAGUCCUACUCCAGCUCCAGCUCCAGCUCCAGCUCCAGGUCCCAAAACCCAUACCUCUGCAUCUUCUGGCAAAAUGCUCCUUCCACCGUUUGGGACGUUCAUCAUUUUAAUCAGUGUUUCUGCUAUAAAUCUCUGUCGCUCUGUAGUCUGAUACAUUCUUUUUAAUUUUUUUUGGGGGGGGGGGCGCGUGCUGAUUUAUUUAUUUAUUAGACUCGAGUGCUUUAGUACAGAACGGUACAGAGAUGUUUGUGCUUCAGUACUUUCAAACACUGAGAUUCUGCUAAUUUCAAGGUAAGCAAGUUUCAAGACAGACUAGCUUUUUGAUACAUUCUUUAUUACUUGAAAUAUGCUACAGGCAUCCCACAGAAAUCAUCAAAAGGAAUGAUGUAUUUUUCACUUGUUGGCCAAAGUCAUUUGAUAAAAUGAGAAUUACAUAUUUGUUAAUGUAAUUAGCAAAUUCAGGUAGCUGACCCAGAUGUCAUAGAAUUCAUUUUUCACUUAUUUCUAUAUUAAUCUUACGAUUGCAAAAAACUGUAUACUUUUGAUUUAAUUCAAUAAAAGACAAAUUAUUAGCUAUAA